AUGGACAUGGACGCGCUGGGCCUGCCAGACAUAUCUCAAGGUCCCAGCCAGACUCUGUGGGUUGGCCGGGGCAGGGGCCCAGCCGUGCGAAGGCAGAGGGAGUUCAUGCCGGAGGAGAAGAAGGACACUGUCUACUGGGAGAAGCGGCGGAAGAACAACGAGGCGGCCAAGAGAUCCCGGGAGAAGCGGCGUCUCAACGACGUGGCGGUGGAGAGCAGGCUGGCCGCGCUGCUGGAGGAGAACGCGCUGCUGCGGGCCGAGCUGCGGGCGCUCAGGCUGCGCUUCGGCCUCCUGCCUCCCUCGGGGGGACCCCGGACGGCGCCGCUGCAGGCCCUGCUGUGGGAGUCUCCCUGGACGGGGGCGCCCCACCGUGCCGCCCAACCACUCUCGUGUCUGGCUGGCUCCCAGGGCGGCCUCCGGGGGCCAUAUUCCCUGGAUGCUGGGAUCCCAGGGUGCCAGGGCUGCCUGAUGGCCCAGGGGUGGGCCGGCCUGGCCUCCUCUUCCAGGUUCUCGCAGGACUCUGCUUCCCUGGCCCCCGAGAACAUUGACGUGGCCUUGCGGGCUGCCCUCCCCGCUGCCCUCUUCCGGUGUCACCUCUUGGAGGGGCAUGUGGGGUCCAGACCAGAGCUCAAGUCUUGCUGGGGACUGUGGUCACCCAUGUCCCCUGGAUGCCGCGCCCCAGGGCCGUCAGAUUUGUUGCUGACACCCUCUGCAGACCCCUCGGGGCUUUCUGCCACCGUGACCUGCCCGGUCCCAGGGAACGGUCCCGAGGGUCUGGCUCAGCCCUCGCUGCCCCACAAAGUGCGCAUCAAAUCCCAGGCCUUGGGCGGGCUGUUCUGA